UUCUUCGCCGAUCCCGGCAUAUCCCAACCACCACCACCACCACCAUCACUCCGCCGUAUUAUCCAUAAAUCUCCUUUCUCUGGAAAAACGAAGAAAUAUUUUUUUCCUACAACUGCACUCGAUCGAGCUUGUUUACUGUUUCUGUUACUAUUUUGAUUUUUUUGUUUUUAAUAUAAAGUCAAAUAUCGUUUUUCGGUUUUCUCGGUUUGUCGCAGUGUGUGAUUUCAGAUUCUGGCACUAUUUCAAGAAAUGAGGAUUCAAAUACACGAUUCAGUGAUUUCUCGAUUUUUGAUGUGAGGAGGGAAGGUGAAAUGAUGAGCGAUCAAGUGACAUAGUUGGCACUGGUCUUGCGGAAGCCAAGACUGCGAUCUAAGCUUCCAGUUCUGCGAGCUAGUUUUUGGAAUUUGAGUUCUCUGUGGUUGUUGGUAGGGAUUUAGUGGAUUGUGAGGAGGUGGAGAUGUCGAAGGUCGUGUACGAAGGGUGGAUGGUGAGAUGUGGCCGGAGGAAGAUUGGACGAUCGUACAUUCACAUGCGGUAUUUCGUACUCGAGACUCGGCUUCUGGCUUAUUACAAGAAGAAGCCUCAAGAUAUUCAGGUUCCUAUCCAGACCUUGGUAAUAGAUGGAAACUGUAGGGUGGAGGAUCGAGGCUUGAAGACUCACCAUGGACAUGUGGUUUAUGUUUUGUCUGUUUACAACAAGAAAGAGAAGCACCAUAGAAUCAUGAUGGCAGCAUUCAACAUCCACGAAGCACUAAUCUGGAAGGAAACAAUUGAAUCUGUAAUUGAUCAGCAUCAAGAGUCACAAGUUGCAAAUGGUAACACAUAUGUUUCUUUUGAAUAUAAAGCUGGAAUGGAUAAUGGGAGGAAUGGUUCCUCAUCAGACCAUGAAAGUCAGUUUGGUGCCCAGGAGGAUGAAGAUGAUAAUCGACCGAGUUUGCAACGUAGAAAAACAAUUGGAAAUGGUCCUCCUGAUUCGAUGUUGGACUGGACAAAGGAAGUUGACUCAGAGUUGUCAAACCCAGGUGCCAACAACCAAGCUUUUUCUAGAAAGCAUUGGCGUCUUCUUACGUGCCAAAAUGGACUUCGCAUUUUUGAAGAGCUUCUUGAAGUUGAUUACCAUCCAAGAAGCUGUAGUAGGGCAAUGAAGGCUGUAGGUGUUGUGGAGGCUACUUGUGAAGAAAUAUUUGGCCUUUUAAUGAGCAUGGAUGGAACAAGAUUUGAGUGGGAUUGCAGUUUUCAGUAUGGUAGCUUAGUUGAAGAGGUAGAUGGGCACACAGCAAUACUCUAUCAUAAACUUCAAUUGGACUGGUUCCCCAUGUUUGUGUGGCCUCGUGACCUUUGUUACGUGCGUUACUGGCGUCGAAAUGAUGAUGGAAGCUAUGUUGUGUUAUUUCGUUCUAGGGAGCAUCAGAACUGUGGUCCACAACCAGGAUGUGUGCGGGCUCAUCUUGAGAGUGGAGGAUUCAACAUUGCACCCCUAAAACCUCGAAAUGGGAGACCUAGAACACAGGUGCAGCAUUUAAUGCAGAUUGAUUUGAAAGGAUGGGCUGUGGGUUAUAUUUCAUCAUUUCAGCAACAUUGCCUUCUUCAGAUGUUAAAUAGUGUUGCAGGAAUGCGUGAAUGGUUUGCCCAAACAGAUGAAAGGGGUGCUCCUCCACGAAUCCCAGUUAUGGUCAAUAUGGCCUCAGCUUCUGUUUCUUCCAAGGGGACUCAGAAAGUAGACGAGUCAUCUGUUAACCCUGCCCCAUCUCUUGAUCAAAUGAAUGCUACAAGCAGGAACUCUGUAAUGUUGGAUGAAGACUCUGAUGAGGAUGAAGAAUAUCAAAUACCAGAGAUAGAAGAGGCAUCUUCUAAUGUGAAUGGCAUUAAGAGAACAGCCUUGGAAGAGGAGCCAGUUGAGCAAAUUGAUUUAUCAUGCUUUUCUGGUAAUCUACGACAUGAUGACCGUGAUAGUGGUCGUGACUGCUGGAAAAUAUCUGAUGGGAAUAACUUCCGAGUUCGUAGCAGGAAUUUUUGUCAUGACAAAUCAAAGGUUCCUGCUGGGAACCACUUAAUGGAUCUUGUUGCUGUUGAUUGGUUUAAGGACACAAAAAGAAUGGACUAUGUUGCAAGGCGUCAAGGUUGUGCUGCACAAGUUGCUUCAGAAAAGGGCCUUUUUUCUUUGGUCAUAAACCUUCAAGUUCCUGGUUCAACACACUACAGUAUGGUAUUCUAUUUUGUGACAAAGGCAUUGGUACCUGGAUCUCUUUUGCAACGAUUUGUUGAUGGGGAUGAUGAAUUCCGAAAUAGUAGGCUGAAGCUUAUUCCAACUGUUCCAAAGGGAUCAUGGAUUGUGCGCCAGAGUGUUGGAAGCACCCCUUGUUUAUUGGGAAAAGCAGUUGAUUGCAACUAUAUCCGGAGUCCUAAAUACUUAGAAAUUGAUGUUGACAUAGGAUCCUCUACUGUUGCUAAUGGUGUAUUGGGACUUGUCAUUGGUGUCAUUACAACAUUGGUGGUUGAUAUGGCUUUUCUUGUACAGGCGAACACUCCAGAUGAACUGCCAGAGCGACUGAUUGGUGCAGUCCGCGUCUCUCACAUAGGGCUGGCUUCUGCUAUAGUUCCGAAGCUGGAACCAGAUCCCUCAUGAUUGAAAGCGCUGAGUCUUAGCUGAUUUUAUACAAAAAUUGAUUCUUCAGGUAUACAUGUAUCUCAUUACCAAUGCUUGCGUUUCUGUUUUACCAGAAAUUUCAAAUUGUGAGCUAUUAUUCUUCAUAGGUGGGAAAGGAAAAUCCAUGGUUUGACAUUUUAUCAUUGUUUAAAGCUUACAAGAUUAGGUGUAUCAUAGCUUCUAAAUCCCCAGCAAGUUGAUAGGGGUAGGUUACGCAAUAGAGUUUACUUGUGUCACAAUGAUAUAUAUCCUCUUUUGUUCUUUUGAUAUAUGCCCCUAAUUUGUGAAUAUUUUAAGCUUUUCUCUUUGGCAAUCAGAAAAUCUUAUU